AUGCAACCACCACAUCUAAUGACUGGUUGUAGUUCACCAGCUGUCCACUUGGAUCUGUUCAAAAGUCCAGAAAAGAAAACCCCUGGCUGGUACCUGUCACUGAUGGCUCCCAAUGAAAAAGGACCAAACUAUGCCUGGCUGGACCCAUCAAGAUUGUACUGUAAUCAACAUGCACUGCAAGACUGCAUUGAAGAUCUGCUGCAGCCCUUUAAGAAUGACCAAAUUGAUCUUGUUGCAGGGAUUGAUGCCAUGGGUUUCAUAUUAGGCGCUGCUGUUGCAUCACACUUAAAGAAAGGAUUCCUAGCAAUCAGGAAAGCAGGCCAUCUUUGUGUGAAGACACAUAAUCAAUCAUAUGUGGACUAUUCUGGCAGGGAAAAAAAUGCAGAGGUUCGGACAGAUGCCAUCAAACCAGGUCUACGUAUUCUGCUGGUAGACCAAUGGAUUGAAACUGGAGGAACUAUGAAGGCUGCUAUAAAAUUGGUGGAAGAACAAGGUGGGAUUGUUGCAGGUGUUGCCACCAUUUGUAUUGAAGACAGUGAAGGAGGCAGAUGGGUGAAAGAAAAUUACAAAUGUUCCGAUUGUGUUCCUGAAGACCUCAGAAGCCAGUUCAAUGAACAUUUUCUGGACAGCUUUAAUGCCUUCAACAGCCAGCAGAUGAAAAAUGAGUGA